GAAAAGGCAAAUCACAAACUAGUUGAAGAUAUUCAUAACACCUAUAACCAAUAAAGGAUUCGUAUCCAGAAUAUAUUAAAAUGCCUAUAAUUCAGUUUUUUAAAGACAUAAGAAUACAUAUUUUGCAUAUAGACAAAUAGGCAAAAGAAAACAAUUUCUCAGAUGAAGUGGCCCUUAAAAUAUGAAGAGGCUCGAGUUCAUUAAAAACCACACUGACAAUCAUUUCACAUUAAUUGCAAAAAUACAUUUAAAAGAUCAAUUCCAAGUAUGGGCAGAGCUGUGAAGCACAGGGACUGUCCACACUGCAGGUGGCAGCAUGUACUGGGACAGCUGCUUUGGGAGGCCGUCUGACAGUCCUAAGUGAAACUGAACAUGUGAACAGCCUUCAACUCACCCGGUGAUGCCUAAUUGAACAUCUUUGAGAAUGUUUUCAGCCUUAUUAUUUCUAAAAAGAAAUUGAGUGGCGCAUUUGAGGGUAGUCUUAGCCUUAUUAUUCACCCAAGGAGGAGGGGAGCUGGAUUAGAGACUGUGGCAAGAAAAGGAAGCUGGGAGGAAGCCUGGCCCCGCUAGGGGUGUGGCAGCUGCAAUGUAUCACUAAGCUUUCCUAGCAUCACAGAGUUACGUUGUGCCAUUUAUGGAGAAACUUCUCUCUCUCCCGUUCUUGUCAUUCAGCCUUGACAGUAGGAUCUAGGUUAUAUAUAGUUGCUUUCAGUUUGAAAAUAUUUGUCAUUAAAAAUCCCAACUAUGCCUUCUGAGAUAGGGCCCUUUCCAUGACUUUUAUUCUGCUAAAGUCUUUAUCCUGAGGAUGCAGGGGUACCGCCCUUUUCCUUUGGAAAGUGCCGAAUCACAGGCGAGGCUCUAAGCCUUUCAGUUGCUUUGGGGUGCAGUACCAUUUCAGGCAUCCGACAUGCUGAGGGCCGCCCUGCUGUGCGCGGUGCUCGCGCUCCUGCGCGCGCAGCUGGUCUCCUUCCCCUGCCCGCCCGCCUGCAGCUGCUUCGUCCGGGACGCGGCGCAGUGCUCGGGGGGCGACGUGGAGCGCAUCGCCGCGCUCGGCCUGCCCACCAACCUCACGGUCAUCAUGCUGUACCGCAUGGACCGCGGCACCCUGCGGAGUGACAGCUUCCGCGGCAUGACGGUCCUGCAGCGCCUCUUACUGGCCGACAGCCACAUUUCCGCCGUCGCCCCCGGCGCCUUCAACGACCUGAUAAAUCUAAAAACCCUGAGGUUGUCGCGCAACCAAAUCCCGGAUCUUCCAGGCUCCCUCUUCGACCAGCUGGUGCUCCUGGAACAGUUGUUCUUGAGCCACAAUAAACUAACGCGCAUUGACCAAAACCUGUUUCGGAACCUGGUUAACCUGCAGCAUCUCCUUCUGAACAACAAUCAACUCGUUUCCCUCCCCGCCGGCCUCUUCGCGCACCUGGGGAACCUGAGGGUGCUGGAUGUAUCGGGAAACAAUUUGACUCACUUGCCGCAGGGGUUGCUCGGAGCCCAGGCUAAGCUGGAGAGACUGGUGCUCCACUCCAACCAGCUCGUCUCUCUGGACGCGGGGCUACUGCGCAGCCUGCGCGCCCUGGCCGAGCUGCGGCUCGACAGAAACCGCCUCCACUCCCUCGCGCCCGGGGCCUUCGACCAGCUCCGCGACCUGAGCAUUUUAACUCUUUCCAGAAACCAGCUGCGGUCCCUGCCCUCUGCACUCUUCCUCCAUUUGCACAAUCUGACCUUCUUGGCGCUGGAUGAGAACCCGCUGGAGGAGCUCCCGGGCGUGCUCUUCGGGGAGAUGGCGGGCCUGCGGGGGCUGUGGCUGAACCGCACCGAGCUGCGCACCCUGCCGGACGCCGCCUUCCGAAACCUGAGCGGCCUGCGGGCCCUGGGGCUGACCCUGAACCCGCGCCUGGGAGCGCUCCCCGAGGGCGCCUUCCGCGGCCUCGGCCAGCUGCGCCAGCUGUCGCUCAGCCACAACGCGCUGCGGGCCCUGCCCCGCGGGCUCUUCCGCGACCUCCGCAGCCUGGAGCAGGUCCGGCUCGAGCACAACCUGCUGCAGACGCUGCCGGGCGACGUGUUUGAGGACCUGCCCGGGCUGGCGGAGGUCCUGCUGGGGCACAAUCCCUGGCGCUGCGACUGCGACCUGCGGCCGUUCCUGGCCUGGCUGAGACAGCACCCCGGCCUCGUGGGCCGCGCGGAGGAGCCCCCGCGGUGCCAAGGGCGGCGCCCUGGUCUGCUGCUGCAGGCCCUGUCGGACGGUGACCUGGGGUGCCCGAGCACGGGGGGCCCGCCUCCCCACUCUCUCGCCCCCACCUGGCCGGCCCUGCCAGUGGCCCGCGAUCGCCCAGCCUGGGUGCCAACCAGCGCAGAGCCCUGGGCGCGGGCCCAGCCGGUGGCCGAGGGCCAGGGUCAGGACCACCGCCUGUUCUGGAGUCUUUAUAUUCUGCUUUUAGCCGCUCAGGCCGUAAUAACCGGGGUCAUUGUGUUUGCUAUGAUGAAACUCUGCCGGCUCUUCCGAAAAUUAAUCAGAGAGAGAGCUCUGGUCUGAGUCAACGGGAAAACCUUGUAAUGAAUGAGAAGGCGACCAGAGUAUUGUUAGAUGUGACUGGGAGAAUCCAGACAGGUUGCUUCCGUCUUCCUUUCUCUUGUCUCUGCCGCCCUCCCCUCUGCCCUCACACCCACCUCUCUGUCUCCUCCCCCUCCCUCCCCUUUCCUAGAAUUGCCUUUACAUGUGUGAAUUGUGACUGCUUGCUUUGCUUCAGCCUUCACCGUGGGGGCCUGGGAAUGCGGGUUGUGUUCACCUCAUCUCUGUGCCCCCCCUUGAUGGUGGAGAAAGGGUUACCUUCAGAGUUUACUGAGGAAGGGAGGGUGCGGGCGUCAGCCACCUCCAGGCCGCGGUCUGGCUCCUGUCUGGCAAAUAUGCAAUAAAUGAAUAAAAUGAAUACACCCGAUCCAAGUGAUAGUGCCUUUUCCUGGGGCAAGGAGGAAUUGUUCUCUUUAUUUACUUUUGCUUGCAAAGCAGAACUCUUCCAGUUCUUUCCCUUGUCCUACGUUUGUUCUCACUGUUUGUAUGUCUGUGGGCUGCUUGGGAGAGUGUGGGACUCCAUUCACUCAGCGCAGGUUUGCAAAGCAGGCCUCUGUGAUGGGCGGAGAGAGAAAAGAGCCAGGCCUGCCCUCCAGGAGUGCAGCACCAAGACAGGAGCCAGGACAGUGGUCAGGCCUGAGAGCCAAGGAGCAGGAGGAGGGGCCCUGGGGAGGGUGGGUGGAGCAGUGGGAGCUCACCAGGAGGUCUAAGUGUGUAUUUGUGUGUGUGUGUGUGUGUGUGUGUGUGUGUGUGUGUGUCCCACAGGGUGGGGGUGGGGGCAUUGAUUCAGAGAGUCCCUGUGUGUGUGCUGCAAAGACUUAUGAAACUACUAUGAGAGAGAAGUGUAUCAUUGACACUGGGUUGGCUUUCAUUUCCUGAACUAAAUGCUACCACGUUUCACAAGCAUUUAUGGGAGCACCUCACAUGUGACACGAGUUCAUGAAUGUAAUGGCAAGCUUGGUUUCUAGUUUAUUAUGCUUGAUCACAUUCUCAUUUAUUCUUCUGAUUGAAAGCAGUAAAAACCUUGUUGCUUUCAAUGAAUGCCUGUGAGCAGCAGUGGCUAAAACACCGGUGGAGCGUUGACAACCGUGGGUUCAAAUCCCAGCUCCACCCCUUACGAACUGCAUAGGGCUUUGGGCGAGAUACUUAGGUUGUCUAAGCCUGGGUUUCCUCGCCCCCGGGAAGGGAGAAAGACCACCUGCUUCAAAGAGUGUGAGAAUCAGGCAUUAAAGCAUGCGAUAGCAGCCCAGGGCCCAGCGAACGGUAACUGCUCGAACGUUAGCUCUUAUUAGAGGCCAAGCAAUUACCUGUGGUACUGCCGUCCUGACUUCCAAAGAAGAGCUCUGGGUUGCUUUUUCUUCUCUCUGUGUGUAAAGGUGAGAGCGAACUUUCUCAAGCUGAAGGUUACCUUCACCCCAGUUUGUCUUCACGUGUGUGCGGUCUCAGCCCUGUGCAGUCAGGCCCUGUGCUCCCAGUCCAGAGCAAUGGAUCCUCAGAACAACACCACGGGGCACAGAGCAGGGAUUGCUGGGUUCCUGGCAUUUGUAGGUGCACUUCUCCUUCACGGCCAAGUUCAAAUGUCUCCUCCUGGUCAAGCCUUUCCCGACUGCCCAGGCAGACUGCAGUGUUCCCCUCGCAGGCCAUCAGGCACCCUCCCCACCCCAUCUGCUCCUGGUCACCCUUCACUCUGGUGUGUGUAUGUGUUCAUGUGCCUCCUUGUAUCAUUUAUUUCUACUGUUCCAAAUUUUGCAACCACCGAUAGCAUAAAACCCAGACUUUUUUGAUGAGCAUAGUCCUAACCACUAUGCUCUCAGGCAAGCUGCCUCUCUCUCUAAGCCUCCAUUUCCUUAUCUGUACAGUGAGGAUAGUAACGGUCCUUACAUGGUUGCAAAGACGGAAUGAAAUAACUCAGGCCAAAUAGUUAAGUCAGUGGCUGGUGCACGUGGGCCUCAAUAGAAGUUGGCUAUUACUAUGAUAGCUCUUUUGAACACGCUGUGUUUUAACAUAUCUCGUUGCCUUUGCAGAUGUUCAUUCAUUAGCAAAUAUUUUUUGAGUACCUCCUCUGUACCCAGCCCUCUUCUAAGUGGAGGAUGGAGCAGUGGUUAAAACAAAGUACAUACUUCCACUGGGUUUACAUUUUGGUGUUCCCUCCAAUGAAAACUAUCUUCCCUGGUCAUUAUCUUUAAACAUUCAGGAAAGUUAAGAGAAUAAUUUUGGACUCCUGAACCUGCUUUUUAAAAUCUUUAUUCUUUGUUCUAUUUGCUUCAGAUAUUUUUUUAACAGAAUAAAAUAUGACAGAUAAAGCUGAAGGCUCCUGUAUAUUGCUUCCCUGUUCUCAUUGCGCUCCUUCUCUCCUCACAAGUAACCUGCUUAAUAAAUGUGGCGCUUCCCAUCCUCAAACAUGUUUUUAAUAUUCUUACCACAUGUGUCUACAACUCUGAACGAGCUGAAGUAAGACUGCCUGUUUUCAAAUUUUAUAUAAAUGAUGCUACUCUGCAUAGAGCAUUCUUCAACUGGUUUUUUUUUUUUUUCUGGGCUAACGUACUCUUGAGAUUUACCCAUAUGAAGCAUUUGACACUAGGUCAUUCAUUUGAAUAGCUGCAUAAUAGUCUAUGAAUGAACAUACCAUAAUUUAUCUGUUCUCUUGUUGAUGGACAAUUAUUCCCAGUGUUUUUCUUUUCUUUUUAUUCCCCACUACUCUACAUCUUCCCCAACUCCUAAU